GCAGGUCAGCGCUGUUUAUGUUCCUCUGAUCUCCGACGCGCGCUCGUCGUGCACGCGCCCCGCACAGGAUGAUCUUGUUACACUGUAGCGCGGCGUAACUGUGCGUCAUAAAGAGGAAGAGCGUUUGUAUCAGGCGAUUAGAACGUUUUUAAACUUUUAAUCGGCUACCGUGAAAUUCUUCAGCUGCUCGAGAACGUUUGGAGCGCGGAGGAGCGAAGCUGAUUCCCGCAGCGGACGCGGGGGGGUUCGGUGUCGGUCCUGACCAUCGAGAUCCCCGUGGAUGACCUCCAGAACCAUGUAUCCGCAUGGAAGACCUCAGGCUCCGCUGGUGUCAGGCCACGCCGGCGUGAAAUUCACCGUCCUGGAAACUCUCGACCAUAUAAAAGAGGAAUUCCAGCUGUUCCAGGCCCAGUAUCACAGUCUGAAGCUGGAAUGUGAGAAGCUGGCGAGUGAGAAAACAGAGAUGCACAGACAUUAUAUCAUGUACUAUGAGAUGUCUUACGGGCUGAACAUUGAAAUGCAGAAGCAGGUGAGUGACGGAUGUGCCUUUUGCAUUCUGAUUACAUUACAGAUCAGCAGGAUCUCUGUGUAAUCAGCUUUACAGUACGAGGUGUCUCUGUUUGGGGGAAUUCUGGGGUCUGGUUGGCAGGUUAGUGAUGGCACUGGAUGAACGAAACACUAAUUGCUGCUGGGA